GAGAUGGCGGAAGCUGAUGUGGAUCUUGAAUCAAGGAGUAGCGUACAGUGCUGAGAAUGUUCCUUGUCUUGUAGCACUAUGGGUUAUUAAUGAGGAGAAGCGGAUCGGAUUACCAAUCUUGAAGAAUCCAUUUGAGAUAUCCAAACUGGUGGAGAAAGUACUUGACAUCUUCCUUUCCUUCUCCUCCCUACGCCUCCUGGCCCCUCCCAUCCGGCUGGUCUCUGCUGCCAUGUGGAAGGUGAUGAAGCAACGCGAUGUGAUGCAUUAUGGGAUGCUGGAGGAGUUUGUGACAUCUUGCUGUGAGACUGUCCCUGGCCUGCUCACAUCUAGACACCAGGCCAAGCUGGCUCUGGGGCUGAGAUCACGGCUGAUCUUAGAGCUGUGCAAUGGCUCAGACCCACCAGAUCCAUCGGUUGUCCUUCCCCAGCUGGAAAGGAUCCGUGCCCCCACCCCGUCCUCUGCCCUGAAAAAGGAUGUGAAGAUUGAAACAGCAGUGACCAACCUCCGGGACCUGGUUGAAAGCUUUCUGAAAGACCCCACAGAGAGAGAACUAUUCUACAAGGUGGAGUUUCCGUCAGAGUAUGGACCUCAGUUUGACCAGGAGCUGGAGAAACUGCUGUGGGAGUUCCUGCUCAGACUGGACCAGCUUCUCCCAGUGCCCAACCUGGCUCAGACGGUGUCGUGGCUCACUGCUGCCCCUCCUGUCCUGGAGGAGUGUGCGCAGGCUGCCUCCCAACCCCAGCUCCUGAGGACCCUGCUCCAGCACCAGAUCUGCCUGGGACACCUGGAUUCUGCAGCUUCUCUCCCUCCGUGUAUGGGCGACUACCUCCUCUCAUCACUGUCUCUCCCUCCCUCUGGAAGAGUGCAGCAAAGCGUCCAAUCAAGAUCUAAACCUGCCUCGGUUUCCACCCCAAGCCCUCUGUCUUUAACCCCAUUAACUGAUUACAGACAGACAAACUUGUCAUCGCCCGUCGCACCUGUGAUUGGUGGGAUUUGCAACGAAGACCUUCCAGCCAUGGCUUCAGCCAAUAAGAGGGCAAGAACUUUCCAGGAAGAUGUUAUUAUCCAAUCGGUUUCAAGAGAUGUGGAGCAGGACGCUGAGUCAACGGAGAGGUCAAAAUAUACAUGGGUCAAAAGCAGAGAAGAGGAAUCCGAAGAGGAUGAGGAGAUCAUGGUCAUGAGAAGAGGGAGGAAGAGGAGAGACAGAGGGAGUAAAAGAGUGCUCAGGAGAGGGCGUGGGGGGGGGGGUGUUAGAGAUGGGGAGAAGGAGGAUACGACGAGCGGUAGAGAUGGAGAGACUGAGAGAGACCUUCUUAGGGACUUUUUGGUCCAGUUGGGGAUCGCAAACCUAAAGGUUCCGGAAGACCAUCGCCUCUAUUCUUACAUCACAUCCUGUCUGCUCAACAAACCCAGGGUGCUCAUCCCCCGACUGACUUCAACAGACAUCACUGCUCUUAUGAGGUCACAACCUCCUUCCUGCAGCAACGGGACACCAACAGCAGGGGAAGGGAGCUCUCCAUGGGGACAGAACAAGAGGCCAAAGUUGCCGGUGAUAACGGCAUGUCGGCUUCCUUCGACCUGGCAACGGAAGUUGAGUGACAGGUCAUUGACCCUAGAUAUGGAGCUUCCAGCAUCAGCUGACAAAGAAUGCCGCUUCGGGAGAAAUCAAUAGGCGAAUAUCACAGCCAAUCACAACACUGGCGGGUAAGUAGUACUGAGAAACACACUCAUUCCACUAUUACUGCAGAUAUAAUAUGGACUUUUUCUGAAAUCCAAAAUAUACAUUUACUGUGAAGUACCAUGAACAUUGCCAAAACACAACACUAUGAGCUCUUCUCAAUUUAGUUAUUUUAACUACCAGUUAAUCCAAUACCAAAAACUGCAAGACACAUGUUUCAAAAUUGACCUUUGAAUGUAAUAUGCUACAAGUGUGAUUGAAGACAUCUUUCACGACCGUUGAUGAAAAAACCGGAUGUAUUGUUCAGAUAUCAUUACAACAUAGGUGUACAACAGCGCUAAUGUCAACAAAAUGCAUGUUGAGCUUUACUGGCUUGAAGUAGAGGAGCGAUUUUCUGCACCAUUUCUCGUUUUGUUCAAAAUAUUCAUGUGUUGAACUCCAAACUCUGUCCAUUCAAUCAACUAACACACAGGUCUGACAAACAUUCAUAUUCCACAAGACAUUCAACCAGAGCUCUCUUCACUGUCUAAAGCCAAAACGAACUCAAGGCGAUGCCCAGUAGUACUGUAUAUAGAGCCAUGAUAGUGUGGAACUCCCUGCCGUCUCUAAUCACUCAAGCAAGCUGCAAAAUUAGCCUAAAAAAAAAUGAAUAAAACUGCACAUUGCCUCUGACCUAAAUAGCUGGUAGCAUCUCCCUUCCGAGCACUUCUGGUGCUUGGGUUAAAGAUAAAGAUGUGCCCUUGUCAUUAGGAUAUCGGGACCUGCUUAGAGAAAGCAAUGGUAAGCAAAGCCUCAGAGUAAGGACUUCAGUUUCCUCUAUUACCGCAGGGUCGGUAUGGGGACUUGUUCUCUUUACACUUUUAUAUAAAUAAUAUUGGUCUAUGUAUUAAAUCCUGUCAUAUUCAUCUGAGUGCAGACGAUACGGUUAUGUAUGCCAUUGCACUGACUUGUAUCAAGCUAUGAUAGAGCUGCAAUCUGAUUUUGUUGCAUUACAGAAAGCCCUUGUUGAUUUAAAACUUGGACUUAAUGCGGACCAAAUGAAAUAUGGUCUCUAAUUCACUGAAACAUUUCUGGUCUACAUAUUCACUCUUUGGAUGGUUCUAUCUAUAAAUACCUGGGCGUCUGGAUUGAUAAAUAUCUAACGUUUAAAAACAAAAACAAAAAACGUACAGAUGAGCUACUUAAAGAGCUGAGAUUUAAAUGGGCUUUUUAGAAAUAGAUCGUGCCUCUCCAUGAACAGCAGGAAGCAUUAUUGUACAGUCAUCUUCUCUGCCAGUUCUUGACUACGGUGACACCAUUUACCAGAAUGCAGCAGCCACUACUCUUAAACCAUCGAAUGCCGUCUACCAUAGCGCCCUUCGCUUUAUUACAGGUGAGUUUUUUUUUUUUUAUACUCAUCAAUGCAUCCUGUGUCAGAAGGUCGGCAGGACCAAACUGAAAUCCCGUAGAUCACUUCAUUACUCUAUCCUUGUUUACAAAGCUCUGCUCCACCCGCUUCUAAAAUAUCUCACUUCCUAGUGUAAAUAUGAGAUACCAAACCCGUUCGCAGGGUUGGUUAAUUCUUUGAUGUCCCACUUGUCUCCACAAAUGUAUUUUUUUGUAUUUCACCAAAUUUUUCUCCAAAUUUCAAUUCUGGUCACGGCCGGUUGUGUGAGAACCUGGGAUCGAUAGGGCAGUUUAAAACUGUUGUUAAAUGAGUUUACAAAGUGUGCAAUUUGUUUUAAUUGACUAUUAUAACUUGUUAAAUUAGCCUGAUGUAAUGUGUUGUUUUGAUUAUAUUUUUGUCCUCAGGGCACAAUUGCAAAUGAGACACUAGUCUCAAUUGGGCUCCCCUGAAUAAAUCCAAGUACUUAUUUUAAUGUAUUAUUUUCUCCAUGCUCCGUAUGAUAUGAUACUCUUCUCACUGACUAGGUGAUGUUGUGAGAAUCUAUCAGCUUGUUUAAAGAACAUUGGUGCAGUGACGGAAUACCAGGGCCUGCCUGGUAGAGCAUAGUAUUAUUGAUGUAUGGACAGAAUACCAGGGCCUGCCUGGUAGAGCAUAGUAUUAUUGAUGUAUGGACAGAAUACCAGGGCCUGCCUGGUAGAGCAUAGUAUUAUUGAUGUAUGGACAGAAUACCAGGGCCUGCCUGGUAGAGCAUAGUAUUAUUGAUGUAUGGACAGAAUACCAGGGCCUGCCUGGUAGAGCAUAGUAUUAUUGAUGUAUGGACAGAAUACCAGGGCCUGCCUGGUAGAGCAUAGUAUUAUUGAUGUAUGGACAGAAUACCAGGGCCUGCCUGGUAGAGCAUAGUAUUAUUGAUGUAUGGACAGAAUACCAGGGCCUGCCUGGUAGAGCUUAGUAUUAUUGAUGUAUGGAAUGUUAGUUCGGCUGAACUAUAUAAAAGUGUGUUCUUAUUUCCAUUUA